AUGAACUGGGGGGUGUUCGAAGGGCUCCUCAGCGGGGUCAACAAGUACUCCACAGCCUUUGGCCGCAUCUGGCUCUCCGUGGUCUUCAUCUUCCGCUUGCUGGUCUACGUGGUGGCGGAGCAGAGGUACCGUGCCACCAGCAGGGACAACUGCCACCGCAUCUACGCCAACCCCGGAAAGAAGCGAGGGGGGCUGUGGUGGACCUACCUGCUCAGCCUCAUCUUCAAGGCCAGUGUGGAUGUGGUCUUCCUCUACAUCUUUUACCGCUUCUACAGGAACUACACCCUGCCCCGGGUUGUAAAGUGUGAGCUGCCUCCUUGCCCCAAUGUGGUGGACUGCUUCAUCGCCCGGCCCACCGAGAAGAACAUCUUCACCCUCUUCAUGGUGGUCACCGCUUGCGUUUGUGUUGUGCUGAGCCUCAUCGAGGCCACCUACCUGAUCGGCAAGCGGUGCCGCGAGUGCCUCUCGGCCGGCGGCCGGCACAGCCAGGACUGUGCGCUCUCCUGCGCUGAGCCCACGGGCACGGAGGGGCAGGUGUUCCAUGGGGCGGACUACAAACCCCCUGUAGCCUCCAUCCCCCCGACAGCCUCCAGCCCCGACACGCUGCCCGAGGAGGAGACUCUCCCCUAG